AUGGCAAAAAUCAUUUUGAGGUUGGCGCCAAGUGACUGGCAAAAAACAUCAGUUACAUUGACUCGACGUUAUUUACCAUGUUGGUCAUUUUCACUCAAAGGAAGUGCAUCUGCUGAAGCUUAUGUAAAACGUGGUUCAUGGUUAUGGGGUGGUGCUGAAUGGCAUCAAUUAGCUGAUCAUGUUUCUCUAUCAAAUAUUCAUUUGUCUAAUAUUAAUGUUUAUGCUGCACAUACUUAUGAUCGACAACAUAUACUUGAAAUUGAUAUGAAAAUAAAUGAUACAUUACAACCAAUUGAUGUUUUGUUGUUAAAUCAUGAUAUUAUUGAAGAAUGGACAAUUGAUCGAGAUACAGCUUUUGAAAUAGGUUGGGAUUUAACUAUAGUUAAUAUAAUACAAAAUCUUUGUAUAAAAAAAUUAACACGAGAAAAAAAAGAUGAAUAUCGUAUAACUUCAAUUCAUUUUGGUACGGAUAAUGAAAUACAAGAAUUAAUCUAUUUUCCUGUUUAUAUUGUUGAUUAUCAAUAUAGAAAUAAACAAUUACAAUGUUUAAUUAAUGGUCGAACAGGAAAAGUAGCUGGAUUGAGACAAUUUUCUCGAUUAAAAGUAACUGCAUUAAUUCUAGGAAUUGUCUAUCCUGCAUGUAUUAUGUCAUUUGUUUCAAUUAUUUCAUUUAUUUUUUAUGCAAUAACACGACGUUUUAUUGCAAUACCAGUUGCUUUACUUGCAACUGGAUUAACUCUUCCUUUUGUUACAUUAAGUGCUUUAGUAAUAGGACGAUAUGUUCGUGAUUAUUCUCAUCUCUAUCGUGGUAAACGUGAUAUUCAUGAAUGGUUAGAUUUUAAAAAACGAAAUCCAUAUUUUUUUACUAAUAAAAAUUUUGAUCAAAGACAUACAUCACAAACUUUUAAUCGACAACGAACACAAGAAACAAAAAAACCAACAUAUUCAUUAGAUAUUGGUCCUGAUUUAUAUGGAAUAUUAGGUGUAAGUCGAAUUGCAUCAAAUAUCGAUAUUAAACAAGCAUAUCUAUUAAAAGCUAAAGAAUUUCAUCCGGAUCGAAAUGUUGGAAAUAAAGAAAUUGAAGAAAAAUUUAAAUUAAUUAAUCAAGCUUAUGCAAUUCUAUCCGAUUCUGAACAGAGACAAUUAUUUGAUGAUUAUGGAUAUGAUCAUGUAAAAUAUAAAUGA